AUGUCAUGGACGACUAAGCUGUACCAAUACUUUGCCCUGAAGUCCUUUACCCCAUUCCUCUCAUUCAUGGUCCCGUAUCUCGUCGAGCAAAAGGGAUUCCACAACAAGGAGCUCCACAACAAUUUCAGCCCAUUGUUCUUUACAUCCUCUAUUGUCAUCUCUCUUACCUCAUUCCUUAUAAUCGAGCUUUUGGGGAAUAAAGUAAGUCUCUUUGCCGAUACAUUUGCCGAGAUGUUGGUGUACCUGAUAUUUCUGCUCAUGCCGUUCAAGAACCGCUUUCUAACGGCUGCUGUGUAUGUGCUGCAUGGAGCAACAACAUCCUUUGGGGUUGUGAUGAAAUCGAUUCUCAACUCCACUGCUGAUGAGAAGGAGGAUAGAAAGGUGAUUCUGUCGACCGUGGUUAACAUCAAGACAUCCGUAGGAGUAGUUUCAUCAUGGAUCGGACAGGACAUCAUAAUGUGUGGAGGAAACCACCUUGUGAAUAUAUCGAUCUCUCUCCUGGGAUUGUUUCUUGCACUUCUGACCACUCUUCUACUUCCCGCCUCGACUCCUCGGAGGGAGGAGGAAAAGUUCAUAGAUUAUAUAUGGAAUCCCACAGAGGCAUGGAAAAGGAUUGUGGACACAUACAGCUACAGAGUCAUACUUGCAUCCCUGCUUUCGUCGUCUGCAAGCAUUCUGUAUAUAUGUCUUUCAUUCUACUCUGCAGGGAUAUUUCUUGAAAAAAGGAAAAACGGGGCAGAGAACAGCAUUAAGAUCAACAGAGUGCUGUUUUUUGUAGCAAAGCCAGUGCGCCUUGUCUCCUACACGGUAAUCAGGAUAUUCUCUAGGUUCGACAGCUCGGUGUCCUACCACUCAAACCCAAAUAAGCCCGUGAUAGUCCAUGGAUACAUUGAAGGGUGCUCGAAGAUACUUUCUUCCUUUGCUGGAUUGCAGAUAUCCAGAAUUAUAUCCGAGGACAGAUGUGUUCCCCUGGCGCUCCUAACAUCGACAGCAACGGUGGCGUUCAUAUACCUCCUGGGUGCAUCCGGCUCUAUGUCAUAUUCAUACCUGUUCUAUAUCUUGGCCUCACUGUCGUCAUCCUUGUGCAAGACUAUUUCGAAUAUAGGGUUACAGAGUGUAUGCGAGGAAUCUGGAUACAAGUUUGUUCUAGGCUUCAACCUGUUUGUGUCGUCCAUCAUACACAUAUCAAUCACUCACUACUCAAGGGCCUAUCAUCUGAGUGUCAGGUCGAAGCUGAUGGCAUACUUCUAUGUCAAUGCCUUUUUUAUUAUGGCUGCAUUUACUAUGUAUCUUUGGAAGUAG